GGGAGCGUGUUGAGCGCGGUACCGAGGCUGAUCUUGGCGCAUGUGCAGCACCGCCAUUGUCCGCGAGGAAAGCGAAUUUCACCACAUUCUACUUGCGACCAAUCCAAAUUUUGUGGACAUUUUGCCGACUUUGUACGGCACUUCAAGCGACAGACUGAAUCCUAUCCCGUGCUGGGACAUCUGAACUGCCAUCAAUUGGCCUUUGUAAAGUUUGACUUGAAUACAUUCGGGACUAAAUCGGGCAAUGUCUGCUGGAGUCGACCAGAAGCCGAAAUCGCAAAGGGCUCAAGUUCAAAAUGGUCCAGUGAACCCUAAAGACGGUGUCUCUGAUGAAGACUUUGAACGAUACAUGCAGACGAAUCAAGCCAAUCAGGGGUACACGGCUCCCAAUAUGGCACCUACACAGGACUAUAUGCCGAGUUACUACCCGUCAUAUUCCUUCCAAUACUCCAUGCCUGGCAGCGAGACUACCUGGUCCACAGGAGGGGACUUCAACAACUUCAACUAUGGCUAUGACAACAGUUAUGCCGCAGAGAACUACUACAAUCAGCCUGGUACUACUCCGCCAUACUUGAAUCAAGGGUUGAACUUCUUUCCAGGAAAUGCUGACUUCAUGACUGGGUCCUGGGGUAACAACUCUGCACCAGGACCACAGGGACAGCAGCAGGUGACUUCUCGUAGCCAGCAAGCUGCACAAGGAACUUCUUACUAUGAUUAUGCCCGCUACCCUAAUGCCUCUCAGCAACCGGUGGCACCAGGGGGCCAGCGUGGCUAUCAAGGCAUUAAUGGACUGGAUGGACAUGAUGGAAAGGCUCAUGGUAUGAAGGCAGUUGAACAGGGCAUGUCUGGAUUGAAUAUUGGAGCGGCCGGUGAUAAGCAGACUGGUAUUGGAGUAAUGACACAGAACACUCACGGUAUCCGGUCAGACCAAGACAUGGUACGUGGUCAGCAAGUCACUACAUCUAUGGCUCAACAGGCUCCUCCACCACCUGUCUCAGCUCCAGUGGCUGCUCCUAAACCUCAGUCUUGGGCAGCUAUUGCUAGCAAACCAGCAAAGCCUCAGCCCAAAAUGAAAACCAAGUCAGGAUCCCAUGCUCCUGUGCCAACUCAGCUCCCGCCCAUGAAACAAACCAUGACCAUUGGAACCUGGAACGGUAAUGAUAAACAAGGAGCUAAGCCAUCAUCCACUUCAACUACAUCUACUGUGCAGCCCCAGAUCCAACAGCCAGCCCAUUCUCAAGCUCCCUCCCAGGGACAAGGACAGGGCGGUCAGGCCACUAAGCACCAGGAACAUGUUCAAGGAGAUCAAAGUGGACAUCCUGGACAGCAGCAGCAGCAGCAGCAACAACAGCAACAACAGCAGCAGAACCGUGCACAGCAGCAGUCCCAACAGCAGAGGAAUCACGGUGGCAACCAAGCCAACCAACACCAGCCGAUUCAGCGCUGGAGUUCCGGUAACAAUCAAGGAACUUCUAACAGCUAUGCUUCUCGUUCUAGCGGUGGUGGAGGCAACAGCAGCAGCGCCAUUGGGACCUCUGGACUGAGUUCCAUUGCAGUAAGCCAAGCUGGCAGUGGAGCUACAGCCCAACAGGGUAGCCAACCCAGCCCUGUGUUGGAUAAACUGCGCUCGGCAAACACCUAUAAUCCCAGCUCAUUCACUCUGGACAUCAAGAGCUCCCGUAUGUUCAUCAUCAAGAGUUACUCAGAGGAUGACAUUCAUCGCUCCAUCAAGUACGGCAUCUGGUGCAGCACUGAGCAUGGUAACAAACGCCUAGACAGUGCAUUCCGUGAACGCGCCAACAAGGGACCCAUCUACCUGCUGUACAGCGUCAACGGCAGUGGACACUUCUGCGGCGUGGCGGAGAUGAUGUCGGUGGUGGACUACAACGUCAAUACGGGUGUCUGGAUGCAAGAUAAGUGGAAGGGGCGCUUUGAUGUGCGCUGGGUGUAUGUCAAGGAUGUACCUAACAGUCAGCUGCGUCACAUUCGCCUGGAGAACAACGACAACAAGCCUGUGACAAACUCUCGUGAUACCCAGGAAGUAUCACUGGACAAGGGACGUCAGGUGGUCAAGAUCAUCCAUGCAUACCGCCAUACUACAUCCAUUUUUGAUGACUUUGGGCAUUACGAGAAGCGCCAAGAGGAAGAUACUGCUCGUAAGCCUUCUGGUCGAGACCGUAGGAACCAGCACAGGAACUAACCAUGAUCUGGGGAGUGUGGUGUCCUCGAGUGCUCAAAUCUUCUGAGUCUCCAAACAAUCCUUUGAAACUUGUAUUUACUGAGGAUCGUGCCCAAAGGACCCAAGGAAACUUCAGAUUGUGAAGUCAUCAAUCAGCCCGCAGAAUGCAGCAUUUGGGUUGAUCAAGAAGUAGUUUUCAUCUUGUGAUGUUAAGAUAAUUAAAAAACUGUUAGUAUUUUUGUCGUAUCGUAUUGAAAAAGAAACUCCCAAACAUUCUCGAAAAACUGACAUCACCGUUCAAGUAUUAUUUAAAGGAAAACAACAAAUGAAAAACUGCAGAACUACGAGGAAAACACAAGAACACAAUUUGAACCAUACUUAACUGAAGUAGUGAUGAAUGUACAUGUAAGAGUGGUCGUCGUAUAGCCCUGUGUUGCGUAAUUAUUGCUGGAUAGCGGUGACAUGUUUUACAUUAUUUACUCUUUACGGAUAUCUUCGAUGGAUGUUGAAAAAAACUUAAUGAGUAAUUUACUAAAGUACCUUUAAUUGUGCUUAAUACUACUUUGCUUUUGCUUCUUCAAGAAACUCUUAGUGAGGUUUUCAUCACUUGGGAGAAAUAAACCCAAAACAUCAGACUUGAAUAAAUCAGGAUUUUUCCGGACUUCAAAAGCUGGAGAAAGAGCCUUGCUAGAAUUAUCCACCAUCAGAUUGUUUUCAGUUGUGGUUUGGAGUGGACGGAUCACACAAGUUGAGAUUGUGCUGUUGAAGGAAAAACUGGCCGAACCUGAGUGGACGCCAAUUGACAAAUUCAGUAGGCACAUGAAAGGAAGUUGUAUGCGCAGAUGAGAACGACAACAUGUAAACAUGCAGACUUCCUUGCACUUGCGGUUGUAAACACCAGUAAAUAUUCAAGACUCGUUCAUUCUCUGAAGAGCAGACGAAGAGAAAAAUGAUGUAAAAAAUGUUCAGACUUGCGUUUUUUAAUUAGACAGCUGGAGCUGUCACUUGCACAAAGUACGGUGCUCUUUGCACCCACAAGAUUUGUACAUCUGAAUAUGCAGAGCCAAACCUGUAGCAGCGAUGGUGAAAGAACUGACAAGUUUGUGUUUUCAAAACACCACGGUGGAAGGAUUUUUGCUAACUCCAUGAGUCUUCACUUCCAGAUCAUGAGCUACCUCGUUCAUUUGCCUUGGUCCUUGGAAAGCUAGCUUUUGCUGAAAACUGGUGUCCAUCACUUUUGGAAGAGUUUCGUUUAGGUAAUGCCAUUGUAUGAAAUCUCGCCUGUCAAACAUCAAGCACGAUUCACUUCAGACAAAACUGGAAAGAACAAUUCAUCAAGUUUUCUUCAAGAGGAUAAUUGCAAAGUCAAUCAACUUGUACACAGUGAGUGGCGAUGAAGGAAUGCUGAUCGUCUUCUAUUAUUUUUGACAAUCUAAGCCCAUCAUGUGCAGUUUUGGAAACACUAAUGGGACCACUGCCUAUCUUCUUUUUUUUUUAGUUAUUAAUUUGGCCAAUAGAUCUUUUGUUGACAUUAAUAUAUUUAUUACCUCCCUUCCAAUUCAAGCUUGUUUCCCAGACUGUCAGUUUUUAAUCGAUAACAUAUUUUUAAUGAUGACUUUUUAAUUUUGAAUUCAGCGUGAUGUUUACAGUUCCAACCCAGCUCUCUUCAUGAAGUGCAAUCAGUAGUCAUAGCAACCUGACAUGGCCCACAUGGAAAUAUGCCACCAUACUAGCACUGUUUGUGAUAGUUGCACAUAAAGAAUUUGAUGUUACUAAAGAUUUGUUGUUUGACAGUGAGUGUCAGUCAAAGUGAUAAAAGUCUUUACUUUGUAUCUAUAAUAAUAUGUGCUUCGGUGUUGUAUCAAUCUAAUUAAGCUGGAUUGCCUAUUUUCAAUGUGUACACAAAAACAUAGGAUCAUGCCGACAUCUAAACUUGAACAGUUUCAAAAAGUAAGGAGAUCCUUUGACUGCAUGCUCAGUGGACAAUUGAAGCUGUGUUUACAGAUUGUUAUUUGGUUGAUGUACCAACUUUGUUUGUGUACUAUUGAUUGUACAUGUUUGCUCCUUAUUGACUAGAAAAAUUGAAAUUAAAAUUCAUGUAUACAAAAUGUAUGGUGGUAUAAUUGACGGUGUAAAAUGGAAACACUAUCGCAAGUUGCAUGCAUUUCAUGGAUCAGAGGGGAUUCUUGAUCAUACUUUGUGGCAGUUUGUCCCCUUGCUGUUGACAUUUGGGGUCUGUCGUGUUGUGUUUAUUUCUAUAUUUUGGUACCCUAUGUUAUGGACUGUCUAUUAUUGAGAAAAAAAAGUAUAGGUCCCUCAGAAAUGGCUUACGCUCAACAUAGUCCAUGCCAUGGUCCAUGCCAUGGUCCAUGCCAUGGUCCAUGUUAAAGAUUGCAAGGCAAUACUAGCUACUAUUAAAUGGGUCGUGUGUGGUGUUUCGUUACAUCAUGCUAGAAGGUCUAAUCAUUCUAUUGCUUGCUUGAAGGUUACUGUGAAGGGUUUAAAAGGCACAUAAAUAUAAUGUAGGUUUACUUGUCAAGAAGUUUUGUCUUGUCAAAACUAACAAUGGUAUGUGGGAAGAAAUCGGUUUUGAAAAACAUAUCAGAGAGGUCCCAGAUAGACCGUAGUUGAAGAAGACAUGGAUCUAGAUGUGAAUGUAUGGAGAGCUGGAUUGUAGACGGCUAUUGUCUUCAAGUCGGUGUACAUUGUAACUGUGCUCAGUUUACACCUAUUUGAAUCAAGGCAAUAGUCGUUUACAAGUAUUAAUUAUUGUGCACUUUGUCAGUUGUUGACUUCAUUGCAAGUUCAUUCUGCUUUGAUGUGAUUUUAUUGUGUCUGUCCUGUUUUUUUUUUAAACAAAAGUCAUCAAAGCAAAGAUGUGUAAUCUUGGUAGUGGCUGCAAACAAUGCUGUACUUUCCUAAACUCAUUGAUAAGCAGAGUGUCCAUAAUCAUGAUCUGGUGUAUCUUUUUGUUGGAGGACAUUUGUUUUUUUCUUGGCAAACUUUAAGCAGGUUUGAUGGCAGAAACAUGUCUCUUGAAAUAUUCAAUUCAGAUUGUAUUAUUUGGCAUGACCAUUCUCAGAGUGAAGCACAUCUUGACUUCCUAAGAUACUGAACAGUGAAACCACAAAGAAAAACAAGCUGUGACCAAUGCAGGAUACUACAUGUUCUGUGAAUUGUUAUUAGGUAUACGCUUCCCGAAGGAGUUCCUUUGUUUCCUGUAAUUACUAUUUAGAAUACAUGUAGGUAAUUAAAGCACCGUUUUCUUUUCUCUUAAUAUAAUACACAUGUAAGAAGAAUUAACACAUUGUACCCGUUUUAUUGAAUAUUUUUUUUGUCUGAGUAGAAUACCUGAUGUUAUAAAACAAAUCAUUAGAAGGAGACUUCCCGCCUGAUUGUUUUGGAGGUCAAAGGUCAUUAGAAUGAUCAGAUUACAUUGAGCGGGUGUAAGGUAACCAAUCAGAGUGAGUUACAUUAUGAAUAAUCAAGCUCUAAGCUUAUAGCUCAGCAAAAUUAAAAUGAAUACAAUUCUGUGAUAUCAAGCCGACUAUACUAAAGUCUGGAAGCUUUCUUUUAGUUGAUUAGUGGAUGAAUUAAUAACAUGAGCAAUCUGAGUGGAAAA